CCUGGUUUGUUUUGAGCAUUUAUUCAUCCAUUGGCCAUGUUGUGGGUUGACAAGUACCGGCCUCGCCAGCUGGACGAGCUGCACUGCCACCCUGGCGUGACAGAUCUGCUGCGCAAACUCAUGGACACGCGGGACUUCCCACACAUGAUGCUAUACGGGUGGGUGAGAACACGCACACGAAUGAAUGAAUGCGCACACCAUCGGUCUGCCUGCACGUGGCUGUUUGCGUGUGGUUGUCAGUCCGCCUGGCGCAGGCAAGAAGACUCGCAUAUCGGCGUUCCUCAGGGGUGUGUACGGCCAAGGAGCAGAGAAGGUACCAGCAAUGCAUUCGGCCAUGGGACACACGCAUCGCAUGAGCCGGUCCAUCCACCUCGUGCGUGGUAUCCGUUCAGAUGAAGGUCUCCACACGUUCGUUCAAGGUGAGAGGAGGAGAAGGGAGGGAGGGUGUGUUUGGGUCUGUCUGCAUCUGCGACUCUGCGCGUACAUGGUUGUGUGGUUGCUAGAUUCCCCCCAGCAACAGCACGACUGUCGAGUGCCAGGUCCUCGACAGCCCAUACCACAUAGAAGGUAUUGAUGCGUGUGUGGGUGUGCGCAUCCACAUGCGGCGCAUGACGCACGUGUGGAUGUUCUGUGUCAGUGUCGCCUGCUGAUGUGGGUACGGGCAGCCGCGACACGGCCAUAGUGCAGAUCCUCGUCAAGGAGACUGCAUCCGCGCUCCAGCCAGCCAUGGGCGACAAACACGUCUCAUUCAAAGGUGCGUGAAGGUGUAUGCCCACACACAAAUGCACGUAUACUGACCUGUGCAUACAAUAUUGGCACAUGAAUGUGUCCUCCGUGCAUGUGUGUGUGUGUGUGUGUGUCGUGUCUUGUGGUUUCAUUUCAUCGCUUGUCAGUUGUGGUGAUCAACGAGGUGGAUCGUCUGAGUCAUCAGGCGCAGGCCGCCCUCCGCCGCACUAUGGAGAAGUAUGUCGGGGCAUGCAGAAUCAUCAUGACGGCUAACAACUUCGCCAAAGUGGGCAACGAGGGGACGCCGCUCAGGGCCACGUGUAUGUGCAUGUCUUCGUAUACCUGUGUGUGUGUGUGUGUAUGUGUGUGCAGGUGUUGCCGCCGAUCCGUAGUCGUUGUCUGUGCAUCAGAGUGCCGUCGCCCACCAACCAGGAGGUACGCACAUACACAUACAGAUAUAGACACACAGGUGUGCAAGCAAUGAUUGCACACAUGCCAUGCACUCAUCCAUGUCUGUUGGAUGGACAGAUCCGCGAGGUGAUGCAUCAAAUCGCUGUCAACGAAAACAUCACCGUGAGUGAGCCGCCAAACGGAUGGAAUCAAAACCGCCGACGCAACGCACGACAUGUGUGUGUGUGUGUGUGUGUGUGUGUCGGUGUAUUGGGCAGGUGCCUGACGAUUUGGUGGAUCGCAUCAUCGCCGCCUCGGGCCGCGACCUGCGCCGUGCACUCCUCAUGUUGGAAACGGCCAAAAUCAAGCAGUGAGUACCGCCCAGACCACACGCAGUGACCCCACACACACAUGCGCUCCGCUGGGCAUGUUUGCCUGCAUUUAUGUGCACGGCGCAGCUAUCCGUUCAAGGCGAACCAGAAGCCGCCGUUGGUCGCUUGGGAGGAGUUCCUCGAGAAAGAGAUCUGCGACACAAUUAUGAAGAACCAGACGCCAAAGGGGUAUGUGCCACACUGCACACGACGGCACCACAGAUACACACAGGCGGCAUCUCAUCUGUGCGCGUGUGCAUGUGGAUGUUUGUCUGUCAGCGUCAUAGCUGUUCGGUCCAAGUACUACGACCUGAUGGGCUGCAUGAUCCCUGCAGAUGUCAUACUCAAGGUGCGCACGCUGGCUGAGUCACCGACACAACACACCCACACAAGGACGCAGACGCAUCGGUCCUUCUGUUUGUGUCAUUCAGACGUUGGUCAAGAUGCUGCUCAAGAAAGUCAGCGGCGACACCCUCAAAUCCAAAAUCGUCACUUUCGCUGCCUCAUUCGUAAGCAAAGACGCCAUCACACCAUGCACACACUCGCCAAACACAUGUCUGCACGGCUCUUCUGUCUGUAUCUUGUCAGGAGCACACGAUGCGUUUGGGUGCGAAGGAGAUAUUCCACCUGGAGGCCUUCACUGCCAACGUCAUGAGCGCCAUAAAGCAGGCCAACACAUCGCAGCAGCAGGGAGGCAGAGCCCCCAGCCCCUCUGGCGGAUCGUGAGUGAGUCGAGUGGUUGGUGCACACGAGCUAGCUGAGUAGCGAGCGGGUCGCUGGUAGACAGACACUAUUGCCGGCGGGUGGGUGACGUGUGUGUAGAUUAGAUCAUUCCUUACCGAGUGGGCGCCCCCCGACCUAGUGCAUUCAUUCAUUGGUGUGUGUGAGGACGUCUGUCUGUAAAUACGCUAACUGACGAC